AUGCACUCUAACGGCAGCUACAUUCUCGCCCGAGCUUUGUUAGACUGUGCAUCCGAAGCCAAUUUUGUUACGGAAUCUCUCGCACAACGGCUGUGUUCCAAACGCACACCAGCAAAUAUCGAUGUGUACGGUAUCAGUCAAUCGGUCAAGAAAGUGAAGCACAAAACCAACAUCACUGUGUCCUCACGAUUAGGAUCGUACACAACAAGCCCAUAUCCCAAGUUCAACAUAGCCCAUGACAUUGAUUUGAUCAUCGGCAUCAAAAACUUCUUUUCGAUUCUGGAGAAUGAACAAUUGACUCUUGGCAGUGGCCUACCAGUGUUGCGCAAGACAGUUUUCGGUUACGUCGUCGCCGGUGAAGCCAUGGAAAAAUCUGCCUCAACCGUAGUCUGCAAUGUUUCCUCGAUCGAUAACCUGGAGUCGAUUGUCCGCAAGUUCUGGGAGGUGGAGAGCUUCGAAAAAGGCAAGGUGCUUUCGCUAGAGGAGCUAUAUUGUGAAAAUCACUUUCGAGAGACACACCAACGAGCCCCUGACGGUCGGUACGUGGUGCGAUUGCCGAUUCGUGAGGAGAUGCUUGACUCAUUGGGAGAGUCGUUCAAAAUCGCUGAGCAGAUUCCUGGCAAUUGA